GAUGUGAGGAAAAGAUAGCAUUAUUACAAAGAGAGGAAAAGAUAGCAUUAUUAGAAAGAGAGACAAAGAGAGAGAUCAGAUGGGAAGGAGUCCAUGUUGUUCUAAAGAAGGACUCAACAAAGGAGCUUGGACUGUUUUAGAAGACAAAAUCCUCACAGCUUACAUCGAAGCACAUGGAGAAGGUCAAUGGAGAAACCUUUCCAAAAAAGCUGGUUUGAAGAGGAGUGGAAAGAGUUGCAGACUUAGAUGGCUGAAUUAUCUAAGGCCAGAUAUUAAGAGAGGUAACAUCUCUCUUGAAGAAGAGGACCUCAUCAUCAGACUCCAUAAACUUCUUGGCAACAGAUGGUCUCUCAUAGCUGGGAGGCUUCCUGGGAGAACAGACAACGAAAUAAAGAACUACUGGAACACUAUCUUAAGCAAGAAAAUACUUAAUAAAGAAAAGUCAUCAAGCUCCUACUCCGGCGAUGAUGAAGAAAAAGCCACCAAAACAAGCAACCGAGUGUCGUCGGAUUCAGACGCCGGUGGUGGUGGGACCACCCAAGUGAUAAGAACCAGGGCCAGUAGGUGCACCAGACCAGUGGUUAUUCCAAACCCAACAACUACUACUACUACUAUUUCUCCCACCAUUGAUGAACCACCACCACCAUUACUAGAGCUUGAUCAUAAUAAUAAUCACUACAGUCAUCGUUUAUUCACAAACGAUCAUCAGCCACAGAUAAACUCGGUGGAUCGUUAUCACGGCGGCGACGGUGAUGAUUAUUUUGGAGUUUUGCUGCUGCCCUGUGACGACGCCGUUUUGAUGAAUGAUUGGUCAGCGGUGGUUAAUGAUUAUGAUAUUGAUCCGAUUAGUAGUUUUGAGGAAACAAAUGAUGACAUCUUUGAUUUUGAUUUGAACUCGUUUUGGUUGAAUCUAGCUAGCUAUUAGUGAGUGGCUAUUGUGAUGAGAAGAAAAAAAAUUGGUGAGCAACCUUUUUUAUUUUAUGAUUUUAUGAGAGAGUAAAAUGAAAUAAAAUCAAAUAAAAUGUAUGUAUAUAUAUGUAGCCGAAUAAUAAUUAAUGAUGAUGAUUGGCUAUUUAAAUAA